UACUUCCUCUUUUGUUAGCACUGAGAGGGUACCAGAUGUGGCGAGAAGUAAGGACUCAACUUUAGGGUAAGAAAACAAAGGCUAGGUGGCAAAAUCACAAUCUCAGAACCACUCGAUUUGCAGCUGGAGAUUUGGAAUUCAAACUAAGGGUUUCCUGUACACUGACUUAUGAUGCCAUGUAACUGGUUAUGACCUGCACCUAACAGUGAGUGAUGCUUUGAGAAAGUACUGGUUCAUGAACACAGAACACAGAGGCAGGUCUUGAUGGCUUCCAAGUAGAAGGAUCAAAACAGGAGGUGGUGUUCGUGGGCCUUCUCCACUCCAGGAACUCUUGCUGCUCUUGCUUGAGAAAGAUUCUCAGCUUCUUGUUCCUGGUGUAUCAGAGCUAUGGGAAGAUGGUGCCUGCCCCUGUUCUCAGCUCUCAGUGUCUUGCUGGUUUUGUCAGGAUCUGAAGUGAAGAAUUCUGGAGCUUCCUGUCCUCCAUGCCAUGGCUAUGCCUCCUGCCACAACAGCACCCACUGUGUUUGUAACGAUGGAUUCCAGCCCGAGUCCAGAAGGAGCAACUUCGUUAAGCCCUAUGAGGAGUGUGAAGAUAUUGAUGAGUGUAAGACUAAAUUGGCAAAGUGCAAGAAAGUAGCAUACUGUAGAAAUAAAAUCGGCAGUUACAUCUGCAGCUGUUGGGUGAAAAUUCCUUUCCUCAAUUGGUUUGCUGGUCUUGUUGAUAUUGAGAGUCCAGAAUGCUAUGAGAACGAGGGGAAGGAGACACGGACCCAAGAGAACAUUUGGGGAGUUGUAAGUAAAAAUGGCAGCAAAAAAGACUUUGCAAGAUUCACCACCCAAAUGCUUCAGCAUGUGGAAAUGUCUAUACUGAAUGAGAGUUCUGCUUUUCCAACAAAGGGUGAAAAUCUUACAUUUGAUAUAGUCUAUGAAACCAGGAGGUGUGAUGAUAAGACUCUCUUGGAAGCUGGGAACAACACGAUGGCUAUUGACUGUGCUGGUGCUUUCAAAGAAACUAAAAGAAGAGAUGAGAGAGUAGUUGCGCUCAUCACUUAUCGAUCUCUUGGGAACUUUUUGAAUGUAUCCUUUUUUAAUAAUAGAAGAGGGAUUCAGGGAAUAAAAUUGAAUUCUCAUGUUGUUGGUGGCACCAUUGGAUCGAGAGUCAAAGUUGGCCUGUCUGAACCAGUGUUCCUGACCUUUCAACAUACUCAGCCUGGUGAUCCAAGAGUAAAACAUUUCUGUGUGUACUGGGAAGGAUCAGAGGAAGGGGGCAGCUGGUCGAUGGAGGGCUGCUCUUUUGUGAGAAGCAAUGAUUCUUACACCACAUGCAAAUGCUUUCACCUGUCCAGCUUUGCUGUGCUCAUGGCUCUGACCCCCAAGGAGGACCGUGUGCUGACUGUGAUCACCUAUGUGGGAUUGAGCCUCUCUCUGCUGUGCCUCCUUCUGGCAGCACUCACCUUUCUCCUGUGCCGGCCUAUCCAGAAUACUGGCACCACACUCCAUCUGCAGCUUUCUCUCUGCCUCUUCCUGGCCCACUUCCUCUUCCUCACAGGCAUCAACAGAACUGAGCCUAAGGUAGGUGAUUUAAUCAAGUUACUUUAUUGACAAUCAAAUCUAGCUAUCUUGUCCUAAGAAACGAUGAGGAGGAAGGUGUUAAUUAGCAGUGGUGGUGUAGGAGAAAAA